AUGAGCGACCAAAUUCCUUCGCAAAGCACCUCGUCAAGUGCCCGCUCCUCUGGAUUCCCCGAUUGGAGUUUGCACCGGACUUUCUACCAGACUGUAGAACCCACCAACUUUGACCGUGACGGUGACACCAUCCUCACCACCUUCCCCAACGAUGAUAUCGAGCGUCUGGUCAAGGCUGCCUUCUACUUCGGUCAACGGGAUGUCUUCUAUCAGCUGAGUGUUAACCUCACCAAGAGACUGGGGGACGCCUUCUGGGCCCAUAUGACAGAAGACAUCCGACGCGGCCACAACCUGCAUCUUGAGAACGAGUUGACGGACGAGGAGAGAUAUAUCCUCAACGAAAUAGAGCACUUCUCCGCCCCAGCCAUCCGCCUUCUCUUCCUGUUCUACAACGUCCUCUACCGCGAAGCGCCCUUUCCUCCCCAUUGUCUGCUGCCACUUCCUCUCUCUCAGCUUCCAGCCAGAGUCACAGAGAAUUUGUCCGACGCCACAAAGGCCAGGUGGGACGCGCAAGUGCGAGAAGAGACCUCGCAGGCUUGCACUUGCUCCUGGCUCCCACAGUACUUCGAUACCUGGAAGAGAGUUAUGGAGGCUCACUUGGACAUACCUCUGUUCCCUGAAGGCGUACCGGAAAGCAGAUCCCGCAACGUCAUUCGGUUAAUCUUACAGUGGGUUGAUCGGGACCAGGUUCUUAAGCCGUGGAACACUUGCCUGCCUGGGCAGGAGCCGGAGUGCAGUUUGGCCUAUGUGCGAGUGGGACAUGAGAUCAAGGCGAGGGAGUUGGUUAGGAGGCUGAGAGGUUGUUUGUGGGCUUGGUCCAGGGAUGGGGAUAGAAAUCCUGUUGAGGACUCUGAGCUUGAUUUAGAUCCGGCUGAGCAGAAUGACGUUGGCAAUUACACCGGGGUCCAGCACAAUGAAGUUGAGGGACCCGAUGUUGAAUACCCCGAUCCCGAGUACCAACUCCCAGGUGAGAACCUCAACAUCGACAUCCCCCAGGACGAGCAGACUCGAAACCGCGAUCGUCAGGAUUUCCUAAUCCUAGAACCAUCAUUCGACGAGGACUCCAACUAA